AUGACACAGUCUUCCGUGCACUGCUCUCUUCUGAUCAGCGCCAUGGGCAUGUUUGCACUCAGCUACUUCACAAAAGGUCAGGAGAACACCACUCUGAUUUUCACAAAGGAAAGCACCAUUAGGAACUGCAGCUGCUCUGCAGACAUCCAAGACUGUGACUAUAGCUUGGCCAACCUGAUGUGCAGCUGUAAAACCAUCCUGCCAUUUGCUAUCGAGCAGACCAGUUACCACGGCCGUCUCACCAUCUGGUUCACAGACACGUCUGCCCUGGGCCUCCUGUUGAACUUCACGUUGGUCCAGGACCUAAAGCUUUCCCUGUGUAGUACAAAUACUCUCCCUGCUGAAUACCUGGCCAUUUGGGGUCUGAAGACACUUCGCAUCAACACAGAAGCCAAACACCCAUUACCAGAGCAGAGCUUGCUCAUCUAUAAGGGCAAGAGUGAAGCCAAAGAGAAGCCUGAGUCGUUGCAAAACGACUGGCAAACAAGUAGGUACAUUUCAUUCUUAGAUACGGCUCUUUUCAAUAAGGACUCAUCCUUAAAGUCAUACAGUAUUGAAAAUGUUAGCAGCAUCAUCAACAACUUCCCCUACUUUUCUUACUUUGAAACCAUCCCAAUACCAAGCAACAAAAGCUAUGUUGUCACCUUCAUUUACUAA